AUGUCACUGCCACGCUUUCGCUUGUCUCGAUCGACGUCGAUCUCGUCAAGCAGCGGAGAGACCAGAUCCUCCUCAUUGCCUCUCGAUUCGCCACCAUUACCAGAUUUGCCCGAACUUCGGGAAAUGUUCGCCACUCCGGCACGACCCAGUCAGCUACCCGAAAACGAUUCCCAGCCGGUCACCCGUCCUCUCCAUUUAGACACAAAUCUACUCACCCCGGCGCCAAGGAAUAUCUAUGCGGAACACUCACCAGCGCUUUCAAUGAAGAUCAAAGUGCCGAAGAGAGCUUUUUCGAUUGGCGGCGAUCCGCUAGAGCGCAUGCAAACACCACAAUUUGACAAGACUCAUGUUGCGAUGUUGAAAAAAACCCCGUCCUCAACUGGUACUGUCUUGUACAUGACCGGGUUUUUCAUUUGUGGAGUGGUGCUUUGUGCUUCCGGGGUCCUCGUCCUUAUUCGGCAAAUGGAGACCCCGUUCGUAAUCGCUGGUUGCUCUUUUCUUGGUGUUGGCCUUUUAAUGUUGCUAGUUUGCGCAAUAUUGCAAUGGAAGAACGUGAAGAAGCUCAUCAUCGACAUGAACGCUCAUUUGACGGGGAUGUCAACUCGAGAACAAAUCUGGAAAACGAUGUUCGAGAUGCCGUCUGAAUUGCCGCAAAUGUCACGGCAA